AUGCAUUCUGUAGUUGAGAUAUAUGACCCUAAACGACAUAGAAGUAAUGCUGGAUACUCAAUCAAGUUCAACAAAGCAGAAAAGAAAUAUACUAUUGGUAACAAAGACAUUUCGUUUGAUCAGAAUAUUAUCAAAGUUAAUAAUGAAGAAUACACAGCAACUGAAGGGUUGAUGGAGUUACUACUCAAAAAGUCUCCCGACUUGAAUAAGAUUACAACUGAAGAUUCUUCAAAUUACCAAAAAAUAAUAUUAUGCUCCAAUGCUCUGUACCAAGGUUUUGAUAAAGAAUCUAAAAGAUACAAUUCAGAUUCUAGUGAUAAAUGGGCGUUCAUAAAGUCUAAAUAUUUUGUUGCUAAGACCCCAACUACAGCUGGAACAUCUUCAACAUCAGGAAGUUCUAUUUCUUUCAUACCAUCAAAUACCAACUCUCUAAUUGACUCAUUGAGACUAUCUAUUGGUUCAUAA